UAACCACCAAAAAUUAAUACAUUUAUAUUUAACUGAAGACAAAAGUAUAUUGUGUAUUGAAGAAUUAAAUUAUUUUUAUUUUAAAGCAAUUUCCUUUACAUAACCAUGGGAAAAAAUUUUUGUUGACUAAAGAAUACCAUAUUGUUUAUAUGAACUAUAUUUUAUCAACGCGCAUUGAUAUUGUUUACAACAGGUGUUGUGCGGUUUCACAUUCUCUCAGAAAAUGUAUAACACAAAUAUUUGGAUAAAAUGAGAAUUACACAGCAGUUGUUGCGUUCUAAGGCUGCUGGCCCACUGCAGACUGUUGAAUUUCUGGAUUUGUCAAAUUUAGGAAUAGUGUCCAUAGAGAGGCUUAAUUGUUGUCCAAAGUUACAAGCAUUAAAUUUAAGGGGUAACUCAAUCCUUGAGGUGUCAAACCUUGAACAGAACAGAAAUCUCUGGAAGUUAGAUCUCAGCAAUAAUCAGAUAAAGGAUUUGGAUUGCUUGUCCAAGUUUAUUGCUCUUGGAACUCUGAAUCUAGCUAACAAUGACCUCUCAUGGCAUCAGAUUGGUAAACUGCGACAUCUUCACAUCCUUGAACUUAGUCUCCAUGGCAACAAGCAGCUUGAGAAAGAUCCCUACUAUCGUAUACAUGUGAUAGAUUGUUUACCAAAUGUAUGGAUGUUAGAUGGGAGAAUCAUAACAUCUGCAGAAAGGUUACAGGUGAAACAUUUUUUUUCUGACUCAGCAUUAACAGAGCAUCCCAUUAGACGGAAAUUAUCAAAAGAAUGGUUUGUGCCAUCAAAUCUAAAGAAGAUAGAAGUAAAUGGGGUGUAUGGAGAAAAGGCAACACAUGUAAUGAUCAGAUUUCCAGCCAAUGGACCAAGCAAUAUUGAAAUGGAUAGAAGACGUCUGAAAUACCUCUCGUAUAAUGCUCAAUGUGACCUUUUGCUAGAAAAAAAAUAUGCAAAAAGGGAGUUUUCAGUAUUAAAAUACAGAAAGACAUUUAUAGAAGAUAUACUGGAUGCGAGAUCUGGGGACAGGGAGAGAUGUAACAUGUUACUGUUACUUCUUGUGGCCACAUUAGAGUUUGUUAUGCCUACGCACCUUGUAAAAGAAACACUUGAAGUUGCCAAACUUAGUAAAAUUGGUAAAGUGUAUUCUAUGGACUUGUUUUUACUGCCAAAAGAUAUCCGUUGUCAUAUUGUGUGUAUAUUGCUGGGUGCUGUCAAAGUCGAUAAAGAUUCUAAAGAGGAUGGUGGACUGUACGACAAACUGUAUUUAUGUCUGUUUUACACUGUAGCAGAGUUAUCAAAAUUAUCAAAUUCCAUAUUUGGUAAAAAUACAUCGCCAAAAUUAAAAAUGACACAGUUAUACAGAGAUUAUAAAUGUCUGCUAGCUUCAGAGAUAGUACAGUUGUUAUGUAUAGUUCCAGAAUUCUUUGAAUAUAUUGAUAAAGAUGUUGGAGUGAUGAAUCUUGUCGUCACGGCAACAGGGGAUCACAUGAUCACCGAAAAAGUCAGCAAAUUGUCACAGUCAAUAGAAUGUUCUGGGGGAGAUGUAAAGAAGUUGUAUGAAGAGUUGUCUGAUUUUUUACUACAGAAAGUACAGGAACAGUCAUUAAACUUGACAAACAAAGCGCAAACACUUUCUGUGGAGGAUCAAGUUGUUACAGCAGCAAAAUCAGUGCCAAUGAAGAGUUCAAGGUCACCAUUAGAUGCAGCAGAUUUCCAUGCUAAGGGUUUUAACAAUCCAAAAUUGGAUCCUCAUCAGUCUUAUGCCGUAGACAGGUGAAAAAAUAGGGAAAACUUCCCCGUAUGUCUUGGAGACUAUUUGCUUCUAGGACCACAGACACUUGGUAAAGUGAUUGGACUACCGCAGCCAUUUGUUGCUCAUGUUGCAAUGGACUCUGUGCCAGUUGCCAAUGGUGCCAUGGAGAGUAAACUACGAGAGAGUGAAGAUCAUUACACAUAUGUCAAUAUGGACCAGUUUGACUUUGAUGUAGAACUAAACUUCUGGAAACCCAGGGGCUCUAUAGGGGAUAAUAUGCUUCAAGAAUUUCUAGCCUACAGUAAUGUUGCUUCAAGGUUCACUAUUCACACAAUAGAAGAUCUACGCAAGGAACUUAACAGACGGUCAAAUGUAGCAGCAGAUCAGGUUUUACGCCCAAACUCACCAGAGGAGGUUCUACAUGGCCACAUUAAUUACCCUGCAACAACCCCUGGUAGAGACACUUCUACACCUCUCAUCUUCUCGCCUGCAGGUUGGAACCCAACGGCAGAUGAAUAUGCUCACAAAAAGACGCCUCCUGUAGAGUACCCUCCUCGCCCAAUGACAUCACUGCUCAAGGAGAAGUUAGAUCUAAAAUUAGAUCUCACCUCUCGGAGGAUACAGUCAGCUGGUCCUAUAGACAGGUCAAGGUCAUCUCACAGUCCCCAUAGCCCAAGAAAUACACCAAGUAGCAGCCUGGAUAAAAACAAGGAAGUAGAGCAUAAUGGAAAUGCUAGCCAAUCACCUGAUUGUUUACAUUGUGUCCUGGCUGCUGCCAUGGCACAGGAACCAGGAGAAGAAGGUCAAGUGAAGGAAAGUAAUCAUGAAUGUACAGCAGACGGUAGUCCAGAUCAGAAUGAGAACAAACAAAACAAUGCUAAUACAGAGGCUAAUUCUAAGAAGGAAACAAAAAGAGUAGAAUCAAACAAAGAGAAUGAGAUACCAGAAACUUCUCGUACAGAAGCGAGUUUAGCUCAGUCAGAAGAUGAACCCGAACUUCAAGGUUUAGCAACAAACCGGAGCGAAAGACCAGCAAGUGCACCGGACACCGGUAGAAAAUCAGGGGAGACAACUACACGGAAAAUUAGCUCUAGUUUGAAAAUAAAUAUUCCACAGGUUGAAAUCAUGGAAGAAGAUGACAGAAGUGCCAGAAAAGGGAGAGCACCAGUGAUCAAAGGGAGACAACCUUUUGUACCAGCUAGAGCUCCUCUUAAAACAGGGAAGUUAAGUGUUCAGUCGAGAAACCGGCCAUUCAGUGCGAUGGACGCGUACCGAUACAUCGUAGAACAUCCACGUAAGAAUACAAAUAGCGAUGUGUUUAACACUUCGUACCAGCAACAACGUACUGAAGCUUGGAGACAGUCUGCUUAUACCUCUGCUUCUAAUCCUCAAACACAGUUUGUAGUGGACUAUCCCAACACGAGGGAUGUUGGUACAUGCACCUCAAUGGAGUCAUUGUACACUGGGAGCACAUGGAGUCAGGACGGGGGAGAACUUGUCUCAAUCACUGAUCUACACUCAAGACAGGGUACACCUCCACCUCAACGACCUACAUCACCUGAUCCUAAGACACGCCCUAGCUCCUCCCUUUCUGUAAAGAAAGCCAAUGAUUGGUUGGGAGGAGGUCGUGACCUCUACUGGGAGUCCAUUCAGAGGAGGCCAAUGUCAGGUCAUGUACCAGGAUGGAAAGAAGGUCUACCUGACAGCAUGAAUAGACCAAGAUCUGCUGUGGCAGCAAGGACAUUAAACAGACAGACAAGAAGAUCACACCCUGUAACACCAUCAUCACUUGCCUAUGAGGCCAUGAUGCAAGGAAGUCGUGUUGGCUCACCACGUUGGUCACAUGACCCGUCACAGCUCCCAGAUAUGUUGGACCUAAGUGAAUACCACCCAUUGUACCAUCAGCUAGGUAUCCCACGGCGACUCGGAACUUACGGAAUGCACGAGCAACCUGCACAAGAUAUGGUGUAUAGGGCGGACCAUCCUGCUUAUAAUCCCACACAGAAAUGGGCAAACCUUUUAGAUCUAAAAUUGGAACGAAAGUUUCGACUUCCUCCAAGCCCCAAAACCCUGAGUUCUGUGAGUGCACAUGGACCUGUGAACAUGGUCUGUAUUUAUGAGGAUGAGGAGUCAGGUACUCAUACCACGGAGCAAGAUAAAAUUAACACAGAGCCAGAAACGCAUAUAACUACACAGACUUCACACUUUAGGGAACAUUAUGUAGAUACAUGAUGACACUUUGUGUACAAAAAUGGUUACAAAACUGUAAGGAUGUUAAAAAGAAUUUUUAAAGAAAGCUUGCAAGGGAAAUAAAUAAACUAUUACAAUUUGAUGUUACCUGAGCUAUUUAAUAUCCAUGGCAACUGUAUUUUCUAAUUGUCAACAAAAUGCCAUAGCGUUAAACUAUGUAAUGUGUUAGAAAUUAUUUUGAUUACUAUGAUUAAACUGUAAUGUGUUAGAAAUUGCUUGAAUUGCAAUGAUUUAACUAUGGAAUGUGUUAGAAACUACUUCGCAUGCAAUGAUUAAACUUUAAUGUGUUAGAAACUACUUUGAUUGCUAUGAUUAAACUGUAAAUUAAUGUGUUAGAAAUUGCUUUAAUUGCUUCAAUUUCAAUGAUUAAUACAAAAAUUGAAUCUUUAGUAAAGAUAUGCAUUAACUUUAAAGAAACAAGUUGCAAAGUUUUUAUGUUUUUGUUUUGUUUUUGUUUUUAAAUGUUCACAUCUUUCAACAGACUUGGUUUAUCAGCUUAUUUUUGUAAUUUCUACAUACAAUACUUUCCUAUCUGACAGAUAUGACUUGUAUAUUAAUUAUUAAGUUAUGUGUAUUGCUGUAUAAUACUGCAAAACAUUCCAUUUGCUCAAUACAAAAAUUUCUAUGUACUCAUACAUUAAAACCUAUCUAAAUAGACCAUUGCCCUACAAAUUGACUUGUAAAUCUUGAUAUAAAGUUGAAUAUAGUUUAAAGAGCAGUUGAAGGAAGUGAAGUGUCAAAAACUUAUAGUGCUGAGAUAUUAUCAACAAGGAGUUUGACAUUGAAAGUCUGAAAAUUAUAAAUAGCUGUAAAAAACCUAAGUGAUUUCUUCGCUUUUGCCACAUCCAGGUCAAAAUGGCCUAAUGGUUUAAAUCAUUGACUUCAAACAAUGUGCCCCAAUUGAAUUCUUUCAUGAACUUUGGAUUUUUUUAUAUGAGGAAGCUAUCAGGCUAAGCUUACAUAAGCAAGUAGUUCUAUUCAUGUCCCCACUUUUCCCAGAAAUAAUGCAUAUAUAUAGAUUUGAAGUCUUCUUUCAUUAAAAGCAAUAUGAACAUAACAGUGUUUUUUGCAUCUCAAAAACACACACACAUAACAAAUAAAUGCCCAUGUCAAUUCCGACAAUGAAAAUAAAACUUUUGUGAUAAAAAUUAUCAAAGAGUGAUCACUUGUUUUAUGUCCAAAUCUUUAUAUGAAGACUACUUUAAAGCUCAAGUUUUCUUUCCAAAGAUAAUUGAAAUCUGCAUGAAACAGGCAGGUUGGUCAUGGAGAAUAUAUUUAUAUUAUAUCAUUCAUCAUGAUUAUUCAUUUAAACAUUAAAACAUGCAUUUAAGAUGAUUUUUAAAGAUGUUAAAUAAUAAAACAGUUUUGUCCUUUUAUGCAUUUGUAUAUAACAUUUACAUGUCUAAAUUUAUGAAACUGUCCAAUGUUGUUCAUGUUAUAAAGUAAUAGAUUUUAAAAUGGAUAAAUCAGCAGUGUAUUGACUGGUUAGAUUGGGCAGAUGUGCAGAAUGGCCUGGUUCUAUACUAGUGAUCUUAAAGCAAGUCUUUAUUGUUGAUUGGACUUAAGAGAAUUUGCAGAUUGGAAACUAAAUAUAUAUACCUGAAUCACACUAGUCAUCAGAGUUAUUUUUAUAUUUUAUAUAUAUUUUAUGGUAUCAUAUAGUAACAUGUUAAUAUUUAUUCAAACACAUAAGAUAUUUGUGAAGCCUAUUAGAGUAAUGCUGGUGCUUUGUCAGUAUUGAAUAUUCUU